AUGAGAAAUUCUCUCACUAUAUCGAGCAAGAAAACCAUUAUAUCUCCUAGUGAAAUCUUCGAGCUUGGUUUCUUCAAUCCCGCAUCAAGUUCUCGUUGGUAUCUCGGGAUUUGGUACAAGAAAAUCUCUACAAGAACCUACGUAUGGGUUGCUAACAGAGACAAUCCUCUCUCCAAUUCCAUCGGAACUCUCAAAAUCUCCGACAAUAACAUCGUCAUUUUCGAUCAAUCCCAUACACCUGUUUGGUCGACCAAUCUAACGGGCGGAGAUGUGAGAUCCCCGGUGGUUGCAGAGCUUCUUGAUAAUGGUAAUUUUGUGGUCAGAGACUCCCACAAUAGGUUUUUGUGGCAGAGUUUCGAUUUUCCGACGGAUACUUUACUUCCGGAGAUGAAACUGGGUUGGGAUCAGAAAUCUGGAAUCAACAGAUUCUUGAGAUCCUGGAAAACUCCAGAAGAUCCGUCAAGCGGUGAUUAUUUGACUGAACUCGAAGCCAGAGGGUUCCCUGAGUUUUACGUAUUCAAGAGAGACUCAAUAGUGUACCGGAGCGGUCCAUGGAUCGGAAACCGGUUUAGCUGCGUACCGGAGAUGAAGCCAAUUGAUUACAUGGUUUACAAUUUCACAGCGAGUAAAGAAGAAGUAACUUACGCUUACCGAAUCACCAAAGCCAACGUUUACUCAACAUUAAGCCUAAGCUCCACGGGAUUAAUACAACGAUUAACUUGGAUUGAGGCAGCACAAAAUUGGAAACAGUUAUGGUACCAACCAAAGGACAUAUGCGACAACUACAAAGAGUGUGGGAAUUACGGUUAUUGCGAUGCCAGCACUUUACCAGGCUGUAAUUGUAUCAAAGGGUUUGAGCCAAGAAAUGAGCAAGAGUGGGCUUUGAGAGAUGAUUCUGCUGGUUGUGUAAGGAAGACAAGGCUGAGCUGCGAUGGUAAAGAUGGGUUUGUGCGGUUGAAGAAGAUGAAGUUGCCGGAUACUACGGCGACAAUUGUGGACAGAGAAAUUGGGGUGAAAGAAUGUAAAGAGCGGUGUCUAAAUGAUUGUAAUUGUACGGCAUUCGCUAAUGCGGAUAUUCGUUAUGGCGGGUCAGGUUGUGUGAUUUGGAACAAAGAUCUUUUGGAUAUCCGGAACUAUGCAAAUGGGGGUCAGGAUCUAUACGUUAGACUAGCAGCUACUGAUCUCGAGGACAUGAGAACAAAGAGUGCAAAAAUCGUAGGUUCGAGUAUUGGGGUGAGCAUUUUGCUUCUUUUAAGUUUCAUCAUCUUCCGCUUUUGGAAAAGGAGGCACAAGCGAUCGAUAGCAAUUCAAACGCCUAAUGUUGAUCAAGCGAGAAGCCAAGAUUUGCUAAUGAGCGAAGUGGCAAUACCAAGCAUGAGAUCCAAAUCCAUACUCUUGAGACUGAUUCAUCGUCAAGUACACAGCGCAACGAUGAAUUGA